AUGACAUCAAAUGUUAUAACACCAGGACAAAGAUUAGCAAAAGAUAGCGAAUAUAUAUCAUCAGAAGGAACAUAUACACAUAAAGGUUAUAUAUAUUCAUCUGUUUUAGGAUUUCAGCAUAUAAUCAAAAAAAAUUUAAAUAAACCAACAUCAGAAGAAAUUAAUAAUAGUAAUAAUAGUAAUGUAAAUAAUAGCGAUGAUAGAGAUUUUAUUGUAGUUUUAAAAGAAAAAGAACCAUCAGUUGUACCAGAAAUAGGCAGUAUAGUUACUGUCCAAGUACUUCGUAUUAAUCCAAAGUUAGCAAGUGUUGCAAUUCUUUGUGUUGGUACCAAAGCUUUAAAAGAAACUUUUAAUGGAAUUAUUAGAAUUCAAGAUGUUCGUGCUACUGAGAUUGAUAAAGUAGAAAUUUAUAAAUCAUUCAGACCAGGCGAUAUUGUUUUAGCUCAAAUUGUAAAUAUAUCAAAUAUUUUAUAA